AUGUCGCGAAGGCGGCUGCCGCGAAAUGAUGAGAAGAAAGAUACCCCUGGCGACAGCACAUCCCCGGGCCUGCCCGAGAACAUCUUGACGUUAGUCCAUCAGGGCACGGGCACUCCAAAUCAGGCCAACGACUACAUUGAGUCUCCUCGCGGCAACGAUGAUAUCAUGUUCUCGAAGGACGCUAUAUUCUCCAAGGCUUAUCCGCCAGAGCGUAACAUCGCAAAAGUCAAAGUGCCAUACAGCUUGAACAGAGACACCUCCAACGACUUCUUUGCCGACGGCUCGGACCUUGCGUCCGGCAUCACACCCGCAGAGACACAAUGCCAGAUACUUGCAACGUAUACCGGAUGGCCAUCAUGUGGCAACUGCUUCGAUCCAGCCGAUUACCGCUUCCUGCGGUUGCCAGACUUGUCGCGCACACCAUUGGAGGAUCUCGAAUGUCUGCGGUUGCAAGGAUGUCUCCAGCUUCCACCAAGGUACAUCCUCGACGAGUUCGUGCGGCAAUACUUUCUCCACGUCCACCCGAUAGUGCCUCUGCUGGACGAGGGUCUCUUCUGGGACGUGUAUCGUGAUCAGGCCGGCACUGAGUCACCAAGCGAAAAGAUUCCUUUGGUGUUGUUUUAUGCCAUGCUCUUCGCCGCCUGUAGUUUCGUUCCUCGUGCUGUCACAUAUUCUCUAGGCUUUGACAGUCCUCGAGCAGCAGCUACCUCGAUGUAUAAGAGAGCAAAGCUCUUAUAUGACAUCGGCACCGAAUCUUCUUCUAUACCCCUCGCGCAAGUGUGCGUCCUGCUCACGUUCUUCCCCAUCAGUCUGGGACGAGGGCCGGAUAACCCAAACACCAUCUGGCUUGGUCUGGCGCUGCACCACGCCAAGGUUGCUCGUGCCGAUAGAGCCGUGAAUCUUGGUACGGAGGUGCACAACAUAGAUAAGCGGACCAGGACCCUGCGAAGACUCUGGUGGUGUUGCAUCAUUCGCGAUCGGACUCUCGCGCUCGGCUUGCGCCGCGACAUUCACGUCAUCAAGACCUACCCGCCACUAGACCUGGAGGACUUCAGAGGCGAGAUCAGUCGGUCACUCGUCCAUGAUCCCGUCACAAAGCGCAGACUCAUCCGGAUAUUCAUGCGCGUCAUGGACUUGUGCAUCGUCGUGACGGAUCUGCUACCUCUGUUGUCGCUCUCAGACGAGUCUACAACGAGGGAAGUGAUGGAGAAUGAUCGGCGCAUACUGAGCGAGUCUAAAGCGGCUCUGCUAGAGUGGUAUGAAGCUACAAGGAAACAGUUCCCUGUCCCUGGAAAGACCGCCGACUUCCGUCACCAGUCGGUCAUCAUCCAUACUGGGCUUCUCUACGUCUACUACCAUGCAGCUAUGAUGUCACUCCUUCAUCAGGAGGUCCUUGUCAACACCUAUAUCUCUUCAACGAAUGCACUGGCAGUCAGCAGCAUGCAGGAUACAUGCAACGACAUUGAAGCCACAACAAUCAGCAUUACCGACUGUUUGCGAGAGACAGUACAAUUGGGCCUUGUCCGUUACUUCCCCAUCAGCAUGCUCGCCUUCAUCGCGAUGCCACUCCUGCUCCACAUUCUGGAUGCCAAGCUCUAUCCCAACAGUGCCAGCAGCAGCGACGACAAGACGAUUAUGAAGCAGACUCGUCUCAACACCUUGAUACAAGCCAUGAAGGAGUAUCACCUUCAGUACCAUGGCGUCGAAGGGAUCAGCCACGCCAUCCACUAUGUGGUGGACUAUGCGCAACUAAGCCCCACGCCUCGACUGAGUAAAGGACGGACAGCUUGGUCUCAGCUUCUCGCAUGCAGACCGGCAUUCUACCUGCAGCUGACAUUCACAAUGCAGUUGAGCCUCGCAAGGGGGACACUGCCAGGAGAGUGCGACCUCCCCACAAACCUGAAAUGCUUGUUAGCAAACGACGAGAGUUCAAAGCUGCCAUUGCAGUUUCGAGUCCUCACACCCAGUUGCAACGCAAUAGAUGAUCGCAAGAAUAGUCCCGGCCAUGUCCUGGACAUCUCGCAUUCUUCUAUGGCGACCGACGCGCAAACGCCGAUCGACAGGCACCCUGCUUCAGACACCGAGGAAGAAUCAAAUUCCAGCGGGACCAACCUCGGGUCGUUGUCGGCAGAUGAAUUCCCGUCAGACUUACAGGACCUGCUGAAUGUCGAGCCUGAGGUGCACGUGGAUCGGUCUAUAUUCGAUGCAAUGGAUAUUGGGGCGGUUGACCCCGUCAGUCAGGGAGACGGUAGUUGGGACUUGGGCCUGCAAAACAUCUCGGACACUCCUUUCAAUUUUCAGGAGAAUAGCCCUGGAGAGGAUGACACUCUCGAGAUGCUGCUCAGUAUGACACAAGACCAGCCCGACUUGGAACUCUCAUGUACAGCUUGUUAG